GCAAGGUCAAUUUAUUUUAUUGACAGAUCUAUCACGUCGCUGGUUUAUACAUGGAGUCAGUUAAUCAGCAAAAAUUCGAACCGAAGUGUUCUUGUGUUGAAAUUCAACGUUGAUAUUCGACUUAAACAUUGAAAAUUGUAUUGAUAUAUGUUGUCGUAGCGGCGGCUAGGUAGUCACGCUUGUUGAUCUUUGUCGAUCACAAUGGCGGACAGUGCUAGUGAGUUGGAGAGCGACACAAGCUCCAUUGACGGGGGCCCUACGAUGAAACCACCAUCACCAGCACAGAUGGAACAACUGCAAAAGAGAAUAGAAUCCCUGGGUCAGGAAAACAGAGUAUUGAAGAUGGAGUUGGAAACCUACAAACUAAAAUGCAAAUCGUUACAAGAGGAAAAUCGUGAACUGAGAAAAGCAAGCGUGAACAUUCAAGCCAAAGCUGAACAAGAGGAGGAGUUUAUCAGCAACACUCUGCUGAAGAAGAUCCAGUCUCUGAAGAAGGAGAAGGAGACCCUGGCGAUGAACUACGAGCAGGAGGAGGAGUACCUCACUAAUGAUCUGUCCAGGAAACUCAUGCAGUUGAGGCAGGAGAAGAUAGAGUUGGAACAGACAUUGGAGAAGGAACAGGAAUACCAGAUCAACAAGCUGAUGAGGAAGAUAGAGAAACUGGAGGCAGACACAGUGUCCAAACAGCAGACACUAGAACAGUUGCGCCGGGAGAAGGUGGAGUUGGAGAAUGCUCUUGAGCAGGAACAGGAGUCAUUGGUCAAUCGGCUGUGGAAGAAGAUGGAUAAACUGGAGGCCGAGAAGCGGUUACUGCAGGAGAAGUUGGACCAGCCCGUAUCAGCGCCACCGUCGCCGCGUGAUAUGAACAACGGUGACACAGCACAUAACCUGAUGCAGCACAUUGAGAAUCUCCGCGGGGAGACCAACAGAUUAAAGAACCAGCUCCGACAAGCCUUGUCAGAACAUGAGGAGAAGAUGGCUCAAUACGCCCAGGAGGAGCGGCACAUCCGGGAGGAGAACCUGCGACUGCAGCGCCGUCUUCAGCUGGAGAUGGAGAGGAGGGAGAGUCUCUGCCGCCAUCUGUCUGAGAGCGAGUCCAGUCUUGAGAUGGAUGACGAGAGGCACUUUAACGAGAUGAGCAAACAGCAUGAUAUGUCUGGUCACACAGUCCGUCCCCGUACAGUUUCUAGUCCAAUACCCUAUGCCUCCUCAAACACCACAGCCAGACCACUGUCACCUGGUUUGACGUUCGUAGCUAAAAGUCCCCCGAGUCCGAUGAGACGCAGUUUGCCGGGUCAGCCUUUCCACCCUCCCUCGCACCCACCUGGCCACACUCCUGGUCAUCAGUCAGGCCCACACACGGGGUCGGUGGCAGCAGCAACGGUGACAGCCCCGCCAGCGUUCCUCCCUGGCACAUCGCCACCAGUGUUCAGCAGCAUGCCUGUGGUAAACCCAAACAUCCAUAAACCCAGACCCAGCCCAGAAAAAUUUGCAAAACCAAGCGCAUUGCCGAGCGAGAAGAACGACAAGACAUGAUAGUAAGCAUGGCGGUCAACAAGCGAUUCCACCGAUCGAACAAGCCCAACUCUUAUCCAAUCAACUGAUGAGUGUUGUCUUGCGUUCUCAAGGUGCUACAUAGCCUUGGAUGUUGUUGGUCGGUGAUGGAGGAGGGCUGACCGCUGCCGAUUUUCUUGUUAUUGCUGUCAACUGUGAAGUUGGAGGCUUGCUGUGGAUCUCUAUCAAGGCUUUGUGCAAAGUUACCAAAGCUUAGCGGAAUGUUUUUUUCAAUCCCCAGUUGUUGAAAAUAAUUUAGAUACAGUUUUUAUUUUUAAAACAUUAAAAAAUGAUGGAACAGAAAAUCAACAGUUUUAAAAAAAAAAUUAAAAUAUAAGGAAAUGUUACGGAAAUUGUUUUUGCAUUUCGAUUUCAGUUGUAUGUUCCGAUUUCUUUUCAAGUAAUGUUAUGAUUCAGAAGAGUUAUUCUUUUUCUUUGAUCACGGUGGAGAGAAACAAACUUGUUAUUUUUGUGCAGUGUUAUUUUCCUACACCAUGUACACGAUGACCAUCUUAUUCUGUGAUAAAGAAUGAUGUGGGAGUAUAGGUUAUGUGUUCUCAGUCUUUAUUUCAAUGGAUACAGGAGUCCAUAUCUGUAUGGGAAGAUCUUGUUAAGCGUACAUAUUUUGUAUUUUGUAUUUUGAACAAUCCUAUCAUCCCUUUCUGUCAUUCUAUCAGCCUUCGAAAAUCCACCAAUGCAUAAGACCUGAAAUGAGUCCGUGUUUCCUAUGUUGUCACUGUGACGUGAAGCUGUGUAUAUUUGUUAUGGUGAUUCCUCUGUGUUAUGUGUGAAGAUCACAUAUCAGGCAUUGUUGAUUGUUUUCAGGUGUAAUGUAUUUGCUGUGGUGCCUCGUCAUGCGACUUGUCAGGGCACAGGAAGUCAAAGAAGACCAUGUAUAUACAAACACAGAUAUAUUUAUGUUGUUCGUUCAGACAUCAUCUUAGAGAAGUGCCUCAUUUUUAAGUGUCCCUGGGAAAGUCCAGGGCAGAUAGCUUUUUCCCCGUACUUGUUAUUGAAGUGUCCCUCCUACUUGUCAUAAAAGUGGAGAUUGGUUGGCCACAAUGGUUGCUGAAAAUGGAUAUACCAAGUAUUGGGGACAAUUUUCCUCUGCCAGUUGGCUGAUUGAAGGCCUGGUCUGGAACUAGCUGAUUGAAGGCCUGGUCUGGACCUGGCUGAUUGAAGGCCUGGUCUGGACCUGGCUGAUUGAAGGCCUGGUCUGGAACUAGCUGAUUGUACAUUACUGUAGCUCUGUCGGGUCGAUGCUUAGGCUUAAAAAAAUAAAAGAAUUGGUUCUCGGGCAAUGGCUUUUGAAAAUUUAGUGCAGGCGGGCGAUCCUUUUUUUGUGUGUUUUUUUUUUUGUAGUUCAAACUAGUAUGUAACCAAAGGUGAAUUUUGGUGAAAUCAUAUUGUUCCUAAGUAUUGUAGCAUUUCACUGCCAGGGUUGUGUAUUCAAGAUGCGGAAUAAUUAAAAAAAAAUUUUUUUUUAAAUGGAAAUAAAAACAAAACAUGCGGCAGACUUUAUGGUGAUGUGGGCGGUGCCUGAGAACCAAGACUAUUAUUUCUUUUAGCCGUACAAUAGUUGGCUUGGCCCCAGACCAAGUGACCCUUAGAUGAAUUUAGUGAUAUAGUUCAUUAUUUCUGACUUUGAAAACCCUCAUUUGAAACUGUAUUUUCAAGAUCAUAGUACAAGCAUUUUCCUUUUCACAAUGUUGUGUUGAUAUCCAACUGUGUAGUUGGUUGUUUUUGAAAAUGUGGAAAAAAUUGCACUAAACUGUUUUACCAAUUUUGUGAACAAUUUUAGACGAUUCUAAGUUCUGAUUCUUUUUACGAGAUUAAUUUGGACAAUGGUGGUCAGACAGAUGUGACCUGGGAAUAUCACAUGAUCUUCUUGAGCUUUCCAUUUUCAUGUGUUAUAUAUUUGUUGUUAAGGGUGCAAGAUCAGAACUAUACUGCGUUAUUUUUCAAGAAUCUUUACUCAUCAUAAAGUCUGCCAGGAACCAGUCUGUAGGGAGGGAGAUAUUGGAGUGUCGGAAUCUGUGCAUGCACACAUGUUGUAAAAAUUUUGGUAAUAUCAUGAAUCGGUCAUGCUUAGCCAAUCAUCUUUGUUGUUGUUGGUGAAAGAUGAAAAUUUAAUUAAAGGACUUUAGUGACAUUUGACUCUAAUUGUAUGUAAAAAAGAAAAAGAAAAUUUACAAAAUCUCACUAAAAUUUGUUUAUGUUGAAAUGAGGAUUCAUUCUGAAAUACAAAAUACAUAGCAAAGUUUGAAGUGAUGUAUGCCGAUAAGAGUUACGGCCCUUCAAUAUGACAUAACUUUUUGCGCAGUCUUUUAGGUGGGAAAAUGGCCACAUUCAUGUGCCUUGUGAUAAUUUUAAUACAAAAAUUUGACCACUGACAUUGCAAGAACAAAACAUAAUUCUGUAACCAACUUAAAAAAAUUAAUUGCCUAACAAUGCUUCUUUGGAAAUCAGUACUUUCAUGAUUGGGGACGUGUUCUCGUGAAAGAUGAACGUGAGUAGCAUUGAAUUAAACCUUUGUGGUUACAGAUAUAUCUGCGUAAUGUAUAGCCAAGUUCUUUCUUUAUCAAAACGUGAGGUGUAUGAAGGCUAUAAAAACGCAUCCUGUAUGUCUCUGAUCCUGCAGCUCUCAUCAUCAGUCUGUAACUCCUUAUCAUGUAUAGAGAGACUUCUUGAGAAAUGUUAUUGUGUUGAAAGACACAGUCAUACUGAAACUUGCAUUCCUCUUAAACAAUGUUUUAGUAUUGUGUAUGCUACUAACCUUCACACCAGAGUGGCUUAGGCUGUAGUAAAAGGCAUAGUUACCUCCCUUAGAUCCUAGGGCUGCUGCAAUACAACAGCUGUAAAUAUUACUGAUACAGAGUGCCUGCUUGGUAUAGGCCUUCAUGCCUUGUAGUGCUAAAUGGCCUGCACAGCAAAGGGAGGGGUAGUUAGCGGGAGUUGAAUACUUCAUGCAGGGUGUAUCUCAGCUGUACAAGCCUACAAGGUUGAGGACAUUUAUUGAAGGGGUGGUUGGCGACAGAUUCAGGGGAGGGUUGCCUAAAACCAUCACUUGAGGUUAGUCGGUGUUUAAGUACAUUCAUAGUUAUACCAAUAUAUCCUCCCCAAAAUAAAGUCUUUAGUAAUACCCACCAGCCUUGACAGAUUAACUACAGUCAUAGAAAAAAAUAGGGUGUUUUACUUCUUUUGAGUUGUGUACAAUUCCACGUUUUAAUGACCAGUUCCCAAUGGAUUGUUUAUAGGCCAGACCAGUUUUAUUUUUAUUUUUUUAUGGAUGAGUGACCAAGUCCACCAUUAUUUUACAAAAGUAAAAAUAAAUAAAUUGAUUAACAAUUUUGUUUAUCAAAUAACCAUAUUUUUUGGUCACCUGUAUUUGUGUUUGCUUGCAUUUUGCUAUGUUUACCAAACAAUAUUCAAAUAAAACGUUUAAUUGGUUUGGCCUCAAACGAAAAACACUGAUAUUGACUCUGUAUUUGUUUGCGCAUAUAAACUACUCAAAAGAAGUUAAGGAACAGCUGGUUUGGGUACUCUUUAUCUUCUUUUGAGUAGUAUAUGGUGCUACUCCGCAAUGAAGUGUUGCUCUGUCCAUCAAUACCAGUAUAGUGCACCAAUUCUCUAAAAUAUUAACCUGCAUAAUUUCUUUUGUCUUUCAUUUCAAUAACUGUCAGCUUUCGUUUAUGUUGCUUGUGUUUGUGACUGAUGUGUUUGUGAUCAGUAUGGGUGUGAGAAAAUACAGAACACUGUAUGCGUUCAUCUACUGCCACUGUGUGUGGAUAUGUCUAUAGUUACUGAUUAGCCUUGGACCCAACCAGGAAACCACAGCUUAUCAAUGAAGUCAUGUGUUAAUUCUGAUCUCUCCUUUCUAUGUGUGCAUAAGCAUUCCUUUAUCAUUCAUUAUAAAUGAUGGCGAUAUAUAUUUUUCUGAUGUGAGCUAUACUACUAAAAAAGGUUAAGGAUCACCUGAUUCUUAACAUUACUAUAGUUAGUCUGUCAUGGCAUGACAGAUUAACUAUAGUAACACGAAAGAAUAGUGAUCGUGAACUUGUUUUUUGUAGUGUAUGUUAGAUACUGUAAACAGUUUCUUGAUCAGUUGAUGGUUUAAUAUAGUGGUAUAUUUUGUCUGUUUCCCAAUGAAUAUGUCCACAGAAACAGGGCAGUGAAGCCGAUGGAGGCUGCUAGUUUUCUGUAAUUUGUUUAGAUUUAGAUUGUUUGGUGACCUAAUGAUUUUGUAGCUUAUUUUGUAACCAUGGUACUGUUUAAGUGAAUGAAAAAUGUCAGUCUUCUAUAGCAAUGUUGAGAAGAGAAUCUUUCUUUCCUGUAGAACAAUGCCAUGCUGCACAAAGAUUUUAUACUACUCCACAUUUUAUAGGGUUAUUUUUAUCUUUCCAUGAUACACAAAACUGAUUUUUUUAUUUAAAGGGACGAUCGGGUAGCUGAGUGGUUAAAGUGUUCGCUCGUCACGCCGAAGACCUGGGUCCGAUUCCCGACAUGGGUACAAUG